GUUCUGUUGUUUUCAAUCUGCAGUGAGUGUAAAGAUCUAGUUGGCAACAGGAAUAAUGAGUGAUAGUGCUAAGAAGCGACGUACCAGUAGGAGGAGGUCCAGCUUUGCUGCUGGUCGUGCCAAGCUUCAGCAGUCUGGAGCCUUUGGAGGAGAUUUAUAUAAAUCAAUAGACAUCGACAAGCCUGUGGAUGAGAGACUAGCAUUAUUAACCAAGGCAUGCCUGCAGUACACUUUACAGAAAAUGGAAGAAGAAAUGACCGAUAUUGACGAUUUUCAAUCUUUGAAAAAAGAAUUGGAAGAGGCAGUGCUACAUCAAGUGGCAGAGAUGGAGGAGACAGGCAUUUUCAAAAGAGCUUCUCAAAAUAAGAAAAGUAUUCCUAAUCCCAUCAACCUGGAGAUGGAUCAGACUAUCGUGGAAGUGGAGGCCAGAAUCAAACGACUACAAGAUGAGGUGGUAGCAUGGGAGGAACUUUUUAACAGAUUAGAUAGAGAAGCAGAUGAUUUUUCAAAUAAAGAACGGGAUGUUGUGGAAGCAGAUGUUCCAUUUUAUGUAAAGAAGCUUGGGGAGGACUACAUGGUGCCCAAAAUGGAUUACACCAGCAUGUUAUCAGAUCUUCAUAAAGAUAUGAAGGUCACAAAGUUUUAUAUAAACAAGUUCUGCAAUGCCAGUAAGACUUUACAAAGAACAAGCCAUACUGCUACCAAAAUCCUCGAAAAACAAAUACCCAAACUACAGAAGGAAGUGUUCCAUGGAACAGCCUCAGUGGACACGCCACGAAGACUGAUAGAACGAAUUGCCGCCUUUCCAAGCUGAAGUAACAGGGAGGCUUAUAUAAACAACAGAUAAUCAUGGAGAUGGUAACAUACUCAGUUCUGGAUCAGAUUAUACAGAAUGUAUGAACAGACAAUUACCAGACCCGUUGUGAUAUACACCAACAAAGUCUAGAGGAAUGUGGUUCAUAUGUCUAUCUCUGAAGGACCGUUCACUCUAGAAGACAGUAAUGAUAAAUCUAUUACAUUUAUGAGAAGUUUCUGUAACUGUUUGAAAUUGGAAUUUGUUCUUUAUAUAAUGAGACUAUAAAAUACAGUUACGGGGGUAGUUGAAUUUAUCCUACUUUACACUUAACCUCUUUAACUUGUAUAAUUUUAGAUUGCUCAUUUGAAGAAUAGGGAGAAACUUAUGGAAUCAACCAGAGAUCAAAAUGUUAUAAUGUAUUUGUACUGGUAUGCUGAUAUUUGUUAUGAGGGUUGCAAAGAAUUUUUUUUUUUUUUUAAUAUAAUUUUUAAAAUUUUUAUUUUUUAUUUUUUUCAGCUUGA